AUGGAUGAAAAAAUGAAUAUACUCGCAAAUGGCUGCGAUCAGAACCGAACUUAUCAGCGAUCAACACCCGCAACACGUCGACGUCGUUCGGUGAAAUUCGCUGAUGCACCAUCUGCUGAUGAGAUGCUGCGAUUAUCGUCAUCUUGUCAUAAUAUUGAUGCCAGCAAUGGCUCCACUAACGAUAAUGCUCAUUCUAACAAUAAUAUUCUGUCUGCAAACAACAAAUCGUUGCUGAAUACGACUAAAUUCAAACGACCCACCUACUCGUGCCCAUCAACCGAUGUGAAUAAUCUGAAUUUGAUGAUGAUGAUGAGUCGUUCGCAUGCGAUCACACUGCGUUCACGGAGUGCAAAUAGUGAUCCGAACAAACUUGUAAUAUCUUAUCAGCGUAAAAAAGCUACUGGAAACANGCGAAUGAACACCAGUGAAACUAAAUCAUUCGCAGACUCUGCGAAACUAUUGAGUCAGAGUGAUUAUAAUAAAUAUUAUUGCGAUGGUGCUGAUAAUAAUAAUAAUAUUAACGGUGAUUAUGUGCGCACUGGAAUUAUCGCUAAAAAUUCCAAGGAUAUAAACAAUUUGCUGAUGACCUGUGAUAGUGGGUAUGGUGGGGAUCAGGAAGAGGGUGGCCAUACGAUGGGCCAAGCAAUGAGUGUUAGGUAUAAAAAUGGACUUAAUCAGAUGAUGACAGCUUAUCACACUAGACUAAACCGUGCAACGAGACAACUGAACGAUUGUAGAGAUGUAGAAGGUAAUGAUAAUUACACGAACAAUACGGCGAAUAGUAAUGCUGAUAGCCAAAACAGUAGCAGUGAUAAUGGAGAGAAUAAUUGUCAAAGUAGUGGUACUACGGAUAAGAAGAGGGAAGAUUAUCAGUGUGAUGACUGCAACAGCAGCAGCAUUUCUGAGUUAAAACAUCGAAUAGCGUAUGAAUUUUUGAAUGAUUUAGAAAUGGCCAAACAUGUCAAAGAAUGUGUUCGGCAGUUCAAUACCGGGCUGGAUAUGGUGUUGCAAGGAAGGCAAAUGGUGGAAUCCUCACAGCUGCCAAUAGAAGACAAAGAGCAGCUGUUGAAAUACUUGAAUCAGCAUGUUACGAAGGCGAGGAAACGGCUGGAAAUCACUGAUGAUCGUUAUGAACCGGACGGAGGGCGCAGUGACAACCGAUCCGGUGUUGAGCUGGGUGUUGUUUUGAAUUUGCACACAGUGGUUUUUGCAUGCGAUGUGUGUCCGCUGAUAGCUCGAUCACCGAGUGGUGAGUCGCCACAGCAACAUCACCAGCUAUCAACAAAUCCUCAACUGACAACCUCAGCCAACAACGGCACCGAUGUCGAUCUGAAUUCGUUUCUGCAGCAGCAUCGUCAUCAGCUGGUAGCAUUACUGGAGAAGAACAAUAUGGCCAAACAAAACUGA